AUGAAGAGCGAAAUUUUUAAAGAAAUCGCAAUUCCCCUUUUGUUUUUAUUCACGCUCUUUGCCGGUCUUCUUCCGAUAAAAAUUGGAGGAUCACAAAGGAAAACCAGCACAAAGUUAAUGAGCUUAUUCCAUUGCUUCGCCGGAGGGAUUUUCUUCGCAACGUCCCUGCUCGACAUGUUCCCAAUGAUCAGAGAAGAAUAUCAAGAAGCUUUUCAACUGGCUGGCAUUGACACCGAUUUUCCUGUCGCAGAGUUCACAACAUGUUUUGGCUUUCUUUUGAUCUUAACAAUAGAGAUGAUUGUUCACAAGUUCCAUUCUGCAGGCAUUGAUCUGCACAUGUCACACCAUCGCGAACGACAACCGCUAUUGCAUUCUUCGGGGCGUGAUCCUUCAAGGGAAACACCGGAACAUGCCGUCACAGUCUACAUUUUGAUCUUUGCGUUGUCAUUGCAUUCCCUUCUGGAAGGAAUUGCAAUCGGAUUGAUUGGAGACUUCGAUCAGUUGGUUCAGAUAGCAGGAGCGGUAACGGUCCACAAAACAAUUAUGGCAUUUUCACUUGGUAUCAUUUUGAAAGAAAACAACAUGAAGGCAAAGACGAUAGCAAAAUCAUCCGUUCUCUUCUCCGUCACUGGCCCAGCUGGCAUAGGGAUUGGCAUGGCUGUCUUUCACAUCUCAGCCAAUCUCCCCGGGAAGCUUUCUACAGCGAUUCUGCAAGGGAUGGCGAAUGGUACAUUUUUGUUUGUCACGUUUUUUGAAAUAUUUCAGCGAGAGCUUGCCGGAAAUAAUGAUCAGCUUUUUAAGGUACUGGCCAUAAUCUUCGGCUGUUCAGUUGUAACGAUCUUGGUUAAUUUCGGAUGAAACGAUAUAAUCUAGCCAAUAAUAAGCGUGCCCAUUAGAUUCCCCUUUCCCACUUCUCGCGAUACUUUUUUCUCUCAGACUGUGAACGCCCCAUAUCCAAGGCCGGAUGAGCAGAUUCACACAAUACAAUUGAACAAAUGCCCACAAGUGAGCAAAGCAAAAUAUUUUUUCUUUAAAGAAGCUAAAUAUCGCAAAUCCAUGCUGCACAUGAAUAAAUGAAUGAAAAAAUAUGACUCGAUAACGGAAACUGAGCGGACUAAAGACAGUACCCGGCCGGUAUCAUGGGGUAUAGUGUAGUUAAAUAGUGUAUCUUUAUUGCGGCUUACUCUUCAAAGGGAGAUAUUGGUCUAGUUAUAAUAAAGAUUUUAUAUUCGCUACUACAACAAAUUAUCUAAAACAUGAACAGAAACAACAAAAUUACACAGUAGGUCAGUGUAACACGCAGACUGCAGACUAUUGUUUUUACCGUGCAAAUGAGAACGUGACAACAAUAGUCCCAUUGUUUUCUGACCCUAAAAACAAUAGUGCGCAGUCAGUCCGCAGUCUGCAUUUUACACUGCCCCAUUACACAAUUGGUGGUUUUCACUGUCACGCCAUCGAAAACUAAAAUCAAAACCUUGGAAUGUCUGAAGCCAAGAAUUUCAGAUAGUAUAGAAUAUCGAUAAAUUAACAACCUGGCCAGGUCUCACGUCUGUGCGGUUUUCCGCUGCUGAGUUGUUCUUCAAAAUGUGUAAGAGACGCCAUACUUGUGCUCCUCCGAGGAACACAAAUAUGGCGGCCGGAAAUGAUGUAAACACGCCACAAAUUUGAUUAGUUGUUCACUGCAAACAGGCAAAUUAUUCCCCUAAACACAUUUUGUAAUACUUUCACCAUUCAAAGGGCAUUAUAUCAUGCGAUAAAAUUAUUUUUUAGCAUAUGAGAUAGCCUGCGUAGCUAGUUUCCCACACAGACGUUCUAAGGGUUUCGUCACGCGUUCCUGUUAGUGGGGCAGGAACGCGUGACGAACCCCUAAAAAAACUAUUACGAUUAUAAAUUUAGAUUCUUGGCUCAAAAUUUGUCUUCUUUUUUGAAACAUUAGAAGGAAAUAUUUGGCAAUCCUAGUAAAUAUCAAGUUCUAUCAUGAUCUGUUAAGUUGACCAAGUUUGUAUCAAAGUUUGUAUCAUUUUCUGAAAUAUGUAAAUAAAGUUUCUGUCUAAGAUUAUCGUAUUCCAUAUUAAGAAGCAUUAAGAAGUGUUUUUCGUUUUCUAUGUAGUUUCUUCUGCAAACUAAACAAAGCUUUUCCUCUACUGGUAUGGAUGCCCCUUUAUUUUCAUAUUUCCCUGUUUGUAUGCGUAAACUAUGAACUCCUAAUCGCAGUUUAGUCAUACUGAUUUUAUGAUCUGGAUUUCUAACUGUCUUAAGAUAUUCUUCUAAAUGGUAAUCUUUUUUAAUUUCCUUGUUUGUAUAUUUUUCUCUGUAGCUAUCUGAUAUGUACGUUGCUUCGAGCUUUUAACCAAUCUUGAAAAUUUUUUUUGUUAACUAUUGUUUAUAUAUUAUUAUUAUUAUAUAAACACCAAUAAAAUACCAGGUGAGCUUUCGCGGGAAAACUUGAUAUCUUCAGAAAAUAUCACCGUUGCUAUGGCUUCAUAAUAAAUCGCGCCUUUCACACCAAAAAACUAUUAAAGUGAAAUGAUUUUGUAUUUCAUUGGUGUUUUUUAUAACAAAUAGAACAUUACAUGGCCGCUUGGAGAUACGAAAUUUCUCUUCUCGUGUUGAAAAAACACUCGAAGACAAAUUUCGUAUCUCCGCGCGGCCAAGUAAUAUCCUCUAUUUAAUUAAUGCUAGAAUUAGUGUUCUUAACAGUCUUAACACGUUGCUGAUUUAUUACCUGGGUUUUGUGGUGCAUUUGUAUUGUUUCGCCACUAUGUAAUAAAGCAAAAAACUGGCGCGCGGCUGUAGUUUCUUGCAUAAACAAAAGCUUCAUUUAAGAGAGGGUUGUCCGAUUUUUGCGCUAAUCUUUGUCUGCAAAAUACAAGGAAAGCCUUUAUUUCUAUAGAUAGAGGGUAUCGGCCAAGUUCUGCUCUACAGGCUGUGUUUUCUGUGUACCAUACUUCUCCACUCUCUAACCCGUGGUGGGCGCGGGUGAGGGAGUCGAGACGUGUGACAUUUCAGACUGAACGAGGGGUCCGUAUUAAAGUGGAUCGUGACUAUCGUGCUGCCGACACCAAAGCAUCCUUCCGCACGCAAGAGAAAAACCUCUCUACGAUCGUGUCAAAAUCAAACAUGAAUACGUUGUACACGAAUAAUUUACUGGAACAAAAUAUUAGGCAUCAACAAACUAAUGUUUUUCUCAACUUACAAAUUGCCUGAUUUAUAUAUUCCGUGGACUAAGGCCCGUGUCGAAACGUCGAACUCUGAGCCUAGCCUGUGUGGCAGGCCGCAUUCGAAAGGUAAGGCGUGAAGGGAAUUUGGGCUAGAGACCGUGCGCCCAUAGCACUUCUCUCGCUCCAAAGUCCCCUUUCGCUUCCCUUUCGAACUCCGGCCACGAAGGCUAAACUCAGUGGACAAAUGUGAUGAACCCGAGGGUGGUCGCCUGUUAAAUACGACGUUACUUUUCUCUCGGCCCUCUCUUGUUUUAUAAGAACUCGUUAGAUUCGCUCACAACUGACCACUAAAAAUAAUGUUCACUGUUACUACUUUGUAGUAUGCACGCUAUUUUGUACAUUUCUUUGCCGUUGUUGCACGACUACGACAUGAAAUUUCCUAUUUUUACGCGCCCGUUUUACGGAGUAGGUGAACGAAACACAAAAAGUUUCUUUUUUCUCUUUCUAAACUCAGAUACGGUCCUUUCGAAUUCAAGCCAGAAAAUUUCGCCAACAUUUGACAAAACAAAUGAAAUUGAAUAAGGUCGAUGAGGUUUGAAACAGUGCAAAGUUACUUUUUUUUUAGUAAAUUUUGGGUUUGUUGUGUCAUCCUAAAAUUUUGCUACCAUGGCAACGUGACGUACGACUUACCGAUUCGUAAUACAGAUUUUCAAACAUAUUAUAUAUACAAUAGGUGAGAUAAAAACUUGAAAUACAAGGUUCCAUGCACUAAUUCAGUUCGAUUUACAAAGCUUUGAUCAAAACAUUCUCUGUUUCGAGAACAUUUAGUACAGUGAAACCUCUAUUAAGUGGACCCCCAAAUAAGCGGACACCCUCUUUUAAGCAGACACUAAGCAUACGUACUGUCAUCUGACGACAGGAAAGCGCGCGGAAAGGACUAAACUCGACUUCCGGUGCCCAAUUUGCCGCACAGCCAACGCACAGCCACUGGUCAAGCCAGUUGUUUGAUUUGCGCGCGCCGUCUUCAACUGACGUUCCUGUUCUGUUGCUAAUGUUUUCCUCCUUCGUUCAGUUUCCAGAGGGUCCACAAUAGGCUUGGCGGGAUGAGGGAUUUGGCUAUUUUGUGGCGGGUGAUACUCGGGAUGCGAGCUGAAAACAGGAGUGGGAUGUGGGAAUUUUAAAGGGCCAGCGGGAAUUCCUAUUUUUAUGGGGACGAGAUGCGAGAAUCGUAAGGGAAAAGUAGCGGGAUAAGGGAAUUUAGUUUUGUCUUUACUAAUAAUGUAUUAAAGUUAUGAAUAUAUGAAAAUCAUAUAUGUGAACUGAGGAGUGAAGUAUUAAAUGAAUGAUGAUCAUCAUUUAAUUCUUCAUUUAAUUCUGUAUCUUAUAUAUAAAGAGAAAACCGUUUACCUAAAAACACAUAAAACGGCCAUUAAUCGGGCCGUUGACUACACAGGAUGGAGAAGCAAACUUCCUGCUUAGAAGGGUUGGAAACUGCAAAGCGGUCGAAUCAUCGUGAGACAGACAGAUAACAUCAAUCUACCUUCAAAAAUACAGGACUUAAAAUAUCGAAGUAAAUAUGUCAUGAUGCGCAGACGAAAAAAUAAGCAAAACAGAAAAUAAAGUUACGGUCGCUAAUUGUGUUGUUGAUAACCUUGACGAUAAAACUGACAAUUGUUAGAAGGUAGGUCUUAUAUAACGUCUAUUUCAAUAAUGAAGCAAAACAUCUCGUAAAAAAAUUGGGACGGGAUCAGGAUUCGGGCGUAAAAUAGGGUGGGAUGGCGGGACUGAGAAGAAAAAAAGGCGGGAAAGCGGGAUUUGAGAACCCCUAUUGUGGAUCCUCUUUCCAUGUGUGAAAGCAAAACCGGUUUCCCCUCUGGUGGCACUCAAAUGAAAAAGUUGUUUUCACGGAGCAAUCUGGGAGCAGAUUAUUCCUUCCGUGAGAGACACUAAGAAUAGUGUAACUUUCCACACCUUACUUGAGACGUUCGCAGUUGCAGGACCUACACUUGGGUACGUGAUUUCACACCUUGGGAAAGAAAAACCAGCUGGGCUUGUAACGCAUGUACUGAGAAGAGCAUCAGAUUCCCGGUAACCCUCUUACGUAACUCCAUCCCUUUGCAGGAACUAGUUUGGGUUUGUGAAACGUGUUUUAAUACGUUAGCCCUUUAAAAAGGGCUUUAAAUUCCUGGUGUUAAACAAACCACACUCUUCAAGAGAUGUUAAAACGGUUGCUUUUUAACGCAUCAAAAGCCAUGACAGUAAAAUCUGUACCCAAGUUCAGACCAAAAUGAUAAGGGGCCAAGGAACCGAGGCUUAAAAGGAGCAUAUGUCUGACUCUACGGCUCUGACUCUGUACAUAUCGUGGUUAGAGAGUGAAGAUUCCCAAUAGUUCUCCCUAUCGGCCGACCCUAUCUACGUAAGCUGAAUCAUAAUGACGUACGGUAAUGCACGAUCUUUUUUGAACACUAGUGGCCUUGGCAACCCUUCAACACCAACUGAAACUAGCCGGACAUCUUGUCCCUUAACAGAGAGUAGUUUCAUCGCGUGUCAUCACGUCAGUCUUAGGUUGAGAGAUCUGCAAUCUCUUCCUUUUGUGUUAUUGUUGUUUUCGGCGUUCAUUUUACAUCUGUUUGUUAUCUUUCUUUUUCUUUUCUUUUCAAUAAGAAGUUGUUAACAAGAGAUAACAGAUACUUGAAAAAAAAAGUGUACAGCCAUAGAUUUGUGCAACUGGACUGUCUUUGUGCAUUUGGAAGGACCGACUAUGCGAUACGUUGUGUUGCAGUAUGACUUUGAGUUUCAAUGCAGCAGAAGACCUUGAGCUGUCAAGAGAUCAUUCAAAAAAUUGCAAGUGAUGAUCGGUUGUCUUGGGUUGCCCUCGAUUCCCCUGUUUUGCUUUCGCUAUCGAUAGUUUUUUUUUUUCCUCAUUACUGACUGACACUUCACGUGAAUCAUGUGAGACUUGGACGGAUGACAUGUUUACAUUUGUUAGAACGCGGAAGGUGCUAAAUAAAGAUACAUACGAUUCACAAUGCACGAUGUUUUAUCUUUUGGCCAGAUAUUCAUGUUUGCCUCCCCAAAAGAGCGGAAUUUAAUCGCGUGUCAGCACGUUUUACGUAGAUAUGUAAACACUUCCUUUUGACUUAUUUCCUUCAUUGUAUCUUUGUUUGUUUGAUCUUUUGGUUCUUAUCAAUUCAGUUAUUUCAAUGUAAGUUGUUUAAAAGAUUAAAAGGUGCGCAUGUAUGUGCGUGUUUAUUCAUCUUACAACUUUUUUCAUUGACUAUUUAUGUUUCCUUAUUUUUCCGCUUAUCAUGAAGAGUAGAAACCUAUAGAUAGCUGACAUUUUUAAAAUCUUAGUUAUUCAAAACUGUCCGAUUUUUAAAAAUAAUACAACGAAAUUUUUGUUUUAUCAUAUGAAAUGUAUAAUUCUGCAGACCCUUGCUGUUGAAUCGCGCGAGUCAAGACUGGCUACUGCCAUCAUCGUCCCUUAGCUCUUGCCUAUUAGGUUAGAAUAAGUAAGUCAGCGCUUAAAAAUUAGAGCCUGCAAACUAACACGAUUGCAAACUGCGGUAACACUGAGUCAUUCGCACGUGACGUACUUUACGGAAACCUGAUUGGUUACUUUUCAUCUAAUUUGACAUUCAAGCAUUCCCCGGUGUUCCCGGUGACACGGCAGUAUCAAAAGCAAACACAAGGAAGCUUAUUUUCACAGUAAAUCACAAGACACACCGCUAGUUGAAGCUGGAAAGGUCUCGUUACCUUAAAUUUACGAAGCUUUCAGGUGACAGCGUUUAAAAACAGGGAUUGUGAGUCAGUAUGGAGCACGAAAUCAUCAAAGCAAUCGCGAUCGCCAUUUUGUUUUCACUGACUCUCUUGGCCGGUCUUCUUCCGUUGAAAUUUCGGGGAUCGCAUACGGGGGCAAGGCAACGAUUCUUGAGCUACUGCAACUGUUUCGCUGGAGGAGUUUUCUUUGCAACGUGCCUGUUAGACUUGCUACCGAUGAUCAGAGAGAAAUACCAGCAAGCUUUCAACUUGGCCGAUGUGCACACGGUUUUUCCCGUAGCAGAGUUUACUACCUGCAUUGGAUUCUUCCUAGUCUUGACCGUUGAGCAGAUCGUUCACACAUUACACGAUUCUCCACUGCUACUCGAUUCGCAUGGGAGCCAUGAUCAACGGCAACCACUUUUGGGCAAGGGUUUUAAAGAGCAAGAGGGGUUUCUGAUCAGGUCGAGCUCUUCAGCGGCGAGCAGCGCCCCCGUCCAAGGUCGUUCUGCUGGAGAAUCAAGUUUGAGAGUUUACAUUCUGAUUGUCGCUUUAUCACUGCACUCAGUAUUCGAAGGUAUUGCCCUUGGAUUGAUCACCGACGUGGAGCGUUUAGCGCAGAUAGCUGGAGCUAUCGUGAUCCACAAAUCGAUUAUUGCAUUUUCGCUAGGGGUGAGCCUAGUUCAACACGUGAUGCCGUCGAAAACCGUCGUCAAAUCUGCAAUUCUCUUUUCCAUGAUGGGACCUUUAGGUGUGGGCAUUGGCAUGGCUGUACUAAAUAACUCUUCACAGCUUUCAAGCAGUUUAUCGUCGGGGAUUUUGCAAGGGAUCGCUAACGGAACAUUUCUGUUCGUGACUUUCUUUGAAAUCUUUCAGCGAGAGCUUGAAGCUCACGGCAAUCGACUUCUAAAAGUACUAUUCACGGUCAUGGGUUAUUCAGUGGUAACUGCUCUCUUGUAUUACGCAAAU